AAAUUUUUCCAAAUGCUUUUAUUUCGGCAGCCAACCAGGACAGCAUGGAAGGACUGACAUCCUGCCUCAAUGACAUGCUUGACAGUAUGAAGGCAGCGCAAGCCAAGCUGGACAGCGAUCCCUUUUCGAUGGGAGACUUUUUGAAGCGAGCAGGCGCCGUCAACGCUCAACCGACGGUCGUGCUGGGGAAAAAAAAGUACCCGUGUGAUUUGUGCGGGCGCUGCUUCUCCGACCCCUCCAACCUGAGACGCCACAAGCACAUCCACACGGACCUGAGGCCUUACGCGUGCGACGCGUGCGGCAGCAGCUUCCGGCAGAAGUCUCAGCUCGACCGUCACCGCUUAGUGCACACCGGGGAGCGACCUUUCCAAUGCUCCCACUGCAUGAAGGGAUUCCGCGAUUCCACCGAGCUGAGGGUCCAUCUUCGGGUUCACACGGGAGAGCGACCUUACAGCUGUUCGGUGUGUCGAAAAAGUUUCUCCCGUAUUUGUUAUAUGAAGCGCCAUCAGGAGAAGCACACUAAUAAAGAGUUACUACGGAGACCCGAGAAGAGACGUAUAGCCACGCCCACCAAUGAGAACGAGGAGCUCGCUGAGGAAUACCAGUGUUCUUACUGCAGUCAUUGGUUCUUGACCAAGCAAGAGCUUGAAGACCAUCGCUCCGCGCACUUAAAGCUUGGACCCGCAGGUCAGAAGCUUUACGAGUGUGCGCAAUGUAAGAAGUCCUUCAACAACUCUUCCAACCUGAGGAAGCACGCCGUCAUUCACACAGGCCUAAAGCCCUUCACCUGCAACCUGUGCAAUCAAAGUUUCCGGCAAGCCACCCACCUUCAGCGCCACCGCUUGGUCCACACGGGUGAAAAACCUUUCAAAUGCUCCAUCUGCCUCAAGGGUUUCCGAGACGCUAGCGACCUACUAAAGCACCAACGCAUUCACAAGGGGAGCAUACCAUAUCCAGGCCGGGCCUUUGAAAAGAGCUUUAAGAACUUGCAGAAGGCCGGGCUGCACAGGGAACCACGGGCAAGGGAAGGGUUCGGGUUAGAAGACCACCCUCUGCCUUCUUCUCGUUCUGCUCACUCGUCCGAUUCUGAAGAUGAAGUGGAGGAGCUUAAAUCCAAAUGCUUCGGCGCCGAGCUCCCUUGUGACAAAGAACGUAAGGCAGAUGAAGCAGAAGAAAGCAAGCGGGUUUUGCAGUGCAGCCUUUGCUCCAGGACUUUCACCCGUAUCUCCAACCUGCACAAACACUACUUGAUGCACACGGGCUACCGGCCUUUCAGCUGUCGCACUUGCAGUAAGACUUUCCAGCAGAUGUCCCACCUCCGUCGGCACAAGCAGGUUCACAGGCGGGAACAACGCUAUGACUUCACCACUCUCCAUAAAGCUGUCCACGUAUCUAAUGACCUUCUCUGUCAGCGGGAGGCCCACGCGAAAGGCAAAGCGUUCAGCUGCCACAAGUGCGAUCAGACUUACACGCAGAUUCAUUACCUAGAGUCACAUCAGAAGAGCCACGUGCAGGACUCGUUUUUGGAAACUGAGAUUCCAACUGACAUUGACGAAGGCAACUCCAUUGAAGUUGUUUUGAUCUGA